CAACGACUUGACGCCCUGCAAGGAUAUGCUUCCGGAGAAGCGUGUGUUCAGCGACCAGUCCAUGAGCGGCAAGUCAAACCGUACUUACAUCAUGGGCGGUGUGGUCUUUGUCCUCUGCCUCAUCUUCUUUAUGAACAGCUCUGGCUACGACCAGAGCUUCAGUCAUUCCAGGGAUGAGGCCAAGCAUAUGCAGCCGAUGUCGUUUGCAGAUUGCCGCAAGGCCAAGAUUCAUCGCACUGUCGGCGACUUUCAGAACGGUGGCACCGAGCUGCUGUAUGCUGAGAAGAACCUCAACUCCAAGUCAGUGGUGUUUGUUGUGGGCGGGGGCAACGGCGAUGUCGUUCACGCGAUGACCAACAUGUAUGGGUCGAACAUCUUUGUGUUUGAGGGAAUCCCCAAGCGUUACGAAGCGCUCAACGCGCGGUUUGAGUCUGUGAGCAACGUUCGGGUCCUUCCUUUCUAUUUGUCGGAUGUGGACGAGUUCCGCGAGGUGCCUGUGGAGGUUGAGGACACGGUGGACGCGCGGAGCGCUGCGGACAAGGAUGAGGGCUCGUCGGGCUCUGAGUGGGGCGCUUCGCGCGACAGCGGGGUCAGCGCCAUGUCGAGCGGGAAAUCGUGGACGUCGUCAGGCUCGGAGACUGGAUCUGGAUCGCUGCUCGCGCCGCCGCCGCCGCCGGAGCGCAAGAUGAUGCGUGUCGAGUUCAAGUCACUGCCGUCUGAGGUCCAGCGCAACGGCAUCCACACACUCUCGCUUCUGCAUCUUGACUGCAAUGGAUGCGAGUACGACGUGCUGGACUACCUGACGUCGCACAAGAACCGCGUUGAGGAGAUCCAGUUUGCGUUUGCUACCGAGGAGCACACCGAGGAUGCUCUCACUACGUACUGCCACCUGCAGAAGGAGCUGGCUACCGAGUUCCGCCUCCGGUAUCGCUACCCGUAUGUGUUCGAAUCGUGGGUCCGCAAAUAGAUGCGCCAAUGAAGCAAGUCUUUCACAA